CAGACUUCAGGGAGGAUGUUUCCGUAUGAAAACAAAAAGCUGCUAUCUUUGGUUGUGAACCCCCCACUGUCUGCCGACAGUGUGCACUGUGCUACCUGGCCUGGAGGAGCUGACUGCUGUCUCUUUGCAGGCAGACGGCGGCACACGGCGGCAGGCCGGAAGCCCCGCGCUGCCCACUGCGUUCUGCUGGGCACGGGGGAGGAGCAGAGCGGUGAGCGCUCGCCGCGUAGAGGCGCCCCGCCGCACCCCAGCGGGAAGCGCCGUAAGAACACGAGGCAUUGCGAGGCGGAGCCCGGAGGCGGGCGGGCGGAGAGCGGGAGAGUCGGUGCGCCUGUCGGCCGUGACCGCCGCCAUGGAGCCGGUAUCCCCACGGUCGUCGCGUUGGCCGCGGUGGCCGCGACGGCGCUGCUGCUGCUGCUGCUGAGAGGGGCGGGGCGGGGGCCGGGCCGCCCUGUCACGCUGCGGGACCCGCAGGCCAAAUACCCGUUGCCGCUGGUGGGCAAAGAGGAGAUCAGCCACGACACUAAGAAAUUCCGGUUUGGGCUCCCUUCACCAGAUCAUGUCUUAGGAUUACCCGUAGGCCAACACGUUUACCUUUCUGCAAAAAUCAAUGGCAAUCUGGUGAUCCGAGCCUAUACCCCAGUUUCCAGUGAUGAGACAAAAGGUUAUGUUGAUUUGAUUAUAAAGGUUUACUACAAAAAUGUGAAUCCUAAGUUCCCAGAAGGUGGGAAGAUGUCCCAGUACCUAGACAACAUGAAGAUUGGAGAUGUUAUUGACUUCAGGGGGCCAAAUGGACUGCUUGUCUACAAGGGGUCAGGUACCUUUCUGAUCAAGCCUGAUAAGAAGUCUGAAGCACAGAAGAAGUUUGCAAAGCAUGUGGGGAUGAUAGCUGGGGGAACAGGAAUAACCCCUAUGUUGCAGCUGAUCCAUCAUAUCACAAGUGAUCCUAAGGACUCUACAAAAUGUUACCUUCUUUUUGCUAAUCAGACAGAAAAGGAUAUAUUGCUCAGAGCUGAGCUAGAAGACAUUGCUAAGAGGCAUCCUGAUCAGGUCACGCUCUGGUAUACGCUGGACAAGCCUCCACAAGAUUGGAAGUACAGUUCUGGCUUUGUCACUGCAGACAUGAUUAAAGCCCACCUCCCUUCUCCUGGCAGUGAGACGCUCAUUCUAAUGUGUGGGCCACCACCUAUGAUUCAGUUUGCAUGUCAGCCUAACCUGGACAAACUCGGCUAUCCCAAGAGCAUGACAUUUUCUUAUUAACAGUGAUGUCAUCCAGCUCUUUUUCUUAAAUUUUCUUGAUUCCUUUUGGACUCUUUCUGUUUUCUGGAGACAGUGGAGACUGUGGACCUGAAUCCAUUCCCAAAGAAAGAGGUGAAAGAUCAUCUGAAACUACUGUACCGUCC